AUGCCUUCAAUUCUCGUCCUCAUAGUAGGGGGGGUUGCUGUAACCUACAUUUUCCUCCUUUCUCUCCUUCAUUUUACCCAGGACGCAAGGGAGCCACCGUCAAUCGGAAAUACCAUCCCUUUUCUCACGCCCAUGUGGAAGAUGAUAUCAAACGAUAAAUACAACCUACCAAUAUAUACGCUCCGAAUGCCCGGAUCGCGCAUAUAUGUCAUCAAUUCAACUUCUCUGAUUACCUCAGUUCAGAGCCAAUUUCGAGCGCUCUCUUUCCCUGCUAUAGAAGCAAAUAUAGCCGCCAGUGUAAUCGGAGUCAACAAGGCUACUAAUGACAUUAUAGGCCAUGACGUGAAUAUAGACGGGAGCUACUUAAUGAGCUUUCCCAAGUAUGUUCAUUCCUCUCUGAGCGCUGGCGCUGCCCUUGAUGCCAUGAACAGGAGGUCAAUUCAAGUUAUUUCCAAGUCUUUGGACAGAUGGGCAAAGGAGGGAACUAAAGUCAUCAAACUGUACGAAUGGGUUCGUCACGAGCUUCUGCUAGCAACCACAGAAGGUGUCUACGGGCCUAAAAACCCGUUUCGUGAUCCCACCAUGGAAAAGGCCUGGUACACAUUUGAGCCGAGCAUAAUGACGUUCGUUCUAAAUCUUCCAUCGCAAAUAUUUGCCAGGGAGGGCUAUAAAGCUCGCGAGUACAUGGUGGGAGUAUGGAAUCAAUACUUUGAACGAGGCUCUUAUGAGCAAGGUUCUGAACUUAUCAAGACUCGCGUCAAGAUAAAUAACGAUUUCGGUAUCACAUUGACAGAAACGGCAAGGAUUGAGAUAGGCGGUAGUCAGGGCAUCCUCUCCAAUACUCUUCCGGGAGCUUUUUGGAUGAUAUACUACAUUUUCUCAAACCCGACCAUUCUGAAAGAUAUAAAGGCUGAGCUAUACAAAGGCGUACGCGAGGAUGGGGACAUCUAUACAAUUGACUUGAGCUACGUGAAGAGCUCUUGCCCCAUCCUACUCUCGACGUUUAAAGAAAUGAUGCGCGUUAAAUCAUCCAGUUCUGCCACCCGCAUAGCUAUGGAGGACCAUCUCCUAGGUGGUAAGUAUCUCCUCAAAAAGGGGAGCACUAUCAUGAUGCCAGCGAUGGUACAACACACAGACCAUUCUAUCUGGGGUGAUAGCGUACACGAAUUCAACCAUUUGCGAUUCGUACGCCAACCUGGUGCUAAACGUACCAACCCGGUCGCCUUUCGUGGAUUUGGGGGCGGGACAACUCUAUGUCCUGGCAGGCAUUUCGCCUCUACCGAGAUCCUAAUGUUUUCCGCCCUUAUGGUUCUACGGUUUGACCUUCUUCCUGUAGAUGGUAAAUGGACUACACCAGGGACAACUAAGUCGCCAUUGGUCAAUGCUUUGCCGGUGCCAGACGACGAUAUAAGCGUGGUGAUGCGUCCCACAAGCGAUAAGGUGUGGAACGUAUCCUUUUCGGGAUACGAUCAGGGGAUGGAGAUAGUCGCUGAGGAUAUUGAGGACGCCAGUUCAUAGACAUUGAGUACGAGUCAAACCUUACCUUCUUAGGCCAUCGAAUCAUCGUCAAAUGUGGCAUUGUGUCAUGUAUUGGGCGGCUAUGCUCGCCACGAUAUGGCGUGCUACAUCCGAAAAUUGUGGUGGGUUAUAGUGGAUUAUAGUGGAUGAGUACGCUAUAAUUAAGCGCUGUCAAGAG